CAAGUUUCUUCCCUAGGUACUUUCCAAAGUGACCUUGUCCCUCUCGUCGCAAACGGAGUCUUUGUUGACCACUGAAAAGUGGUGUCUACGCCUUGGACAGUGUCCCAGGGCAUUUCCGAGGCUCCGCCCUAUUUGACGUGUUCCAGAAAGCAACACUUUAUGAUCUAUUUGCACACCGCAAUUGGGGAUCGCAACUGGUUCAUUUUCACGAGCUUAUUCGUUACGGCUUGGCCACAGUGAACCAUGUCUUUGGCGCAACGUCGAACGGCGCCGGAAGGUAUCGACAGCCUACCCGAAUACGGCGUCCAGGACAGUCGUAAUGAAUACGUCUCCGGCGACAGUACCAUCGAUGAUGACAGGAGAGAUUCCGACAGCACCCUACACCCGGCCAAAAACGACCAGAUAUGGCAAACUAUUAGCUACGACCCAUUUGCGCAGAAACCUCUCCAGCACUAUGAAUCAUUUCCGCCCGAGAUCACGGAUAACAAAGCGGCGUACGAGGUGUCCACGGCGAAAAGAGCAGCUCAGGUGACCUUGGCCGUGCUCUGCUGCGUCCUAGCAUCGGGAAUAGUUUGCGGAUUCGCGGCUCUCAAACCGAUUCUCAUCGCGGAAGGGGUCUACCGAGGCCUCUGCCCAGCGGACUGGUCGCUCUCAGAUGGAGAUGAGGACCAACUACCCUGCCCCGAGCAGGACAUGCGUCUGAACCUCAUGUUCAUACUCGCGUCAAUCACACUAAAUAUCAGCAACAUGCUAGGCGGCUGGGUCCUCGACAACUAUGGGCGGCGCAUGUGUUACGUCCUCGCCGCAGUCAUCCUCUUCUUCGGCAGUGGCUGCAUGGCCUUUGCUUUCCACCUAGGCGAGAGGCUGGGCCACUUCGACGGCUACAUCGUGGGCAACCUCCUCCUCGGGCUGGGCGGGACGUUCCUCUUCGUCAGCUCGUACCAGCUCUCGCACGCCUUCCCGCGGCACUCGGGCCUGAUCGUAGCACUUGUCACGGGCGCCUUCGACGCCAGCGCCGCCGUGUACCUCUUCUACCGGCUCGCGUACGAGGCGACGGACCACGCCCUCAAGCCGGCCUACUUCUUCGCCGCCUUUGCCGUCGCCAUCCCGCUGUUGAUCCUGGUCGGCGAGUUCACCAUCAUGCCGGCCACGAGCUACGUCACCCGCGGCGAGUACCAGGUGGCCAUCCACCGCGCGCAGGACGAGACGCGCGACGUCCACGACUCCGACGACGAGGUGUACGCAGGCCAGCCGCGGGAGCUCCUGCGGGCGCGGGACCGCCGCGCGGCGAGGCGCGAGGCCCAGCUCGAGGCCAUCGAGACGGUGGCGGGCACCGAGGCGGAGCGGACGGCUGAUCGAGCCACGGCACGCGAGCGACAGGAGGUGUCGGGCGUGCAGGGCGCCGAGGUGCGAGACCUGCCGUUCGCACGCCAGGUCCGGACGCCGUGGUUCUGGCUGGUCCUGCUGCUCACGGUGCUGCAGAUGAUGCGGAUGAAUUACUUUAUCGCGACGGUCCGCGCGCAGUACCGGUACAUGCUCGGGGGUGAGAGACCUGCGGGCCAGGUGAAUUCGUUCUUCGACGUCGCGCUGCCAGUCGCGGGCGUCAUCACCACCCCUUUCAUUGGCAUCCUGCUUAAUGAGGUGCCCGUGUGGGGGACGCAGGGCGUGAUGACGGUGCUUAUACUGGUCCUAGGCAUGCUCAAUGUGAUCCCGGAGCUGUGGGCGGGUUAUGCCACCGUUGUUGCGUUUGUGAUUUUCCGGCCGCUAUACUACUCAGCAGUCUCGGACUACACAACCAAAGUCUUCGGCUUCGCAACCUUUGGACGGAUCUACGGCAGCAUCACUGCCAUCUCAGGACUUGGCCAAUUCAUCCAGCCCGCACUGGACGCGCUCACCCACGGCCCGCUGCACGACAACCCCGUGCCGAUCAAUCUCUUCUUCGCCAUGGCGGGUAGCGUGAUAAGCGCGACCUUGACAUGCUUUGUGUAUAUCAAGACGCAGGAGGCCGGCAGCGGGCUGUUCGGCAGCAGGAAGAGUAUGAGGUUUGGUGAAGACAUGGCAGAUGAGGAGCGUCGGGCUCUGCUACAUGACGGUGGCCGCGUCGAGGGAUACGGCGGUGCUACGAGAGAAGAGUCACGUUGAGUGUGCUUUUUCUGGUUAAUUGUUUUUUGUGUGUCUCGUUCAGAUGUCAUGGCGGCGUAGAACAGAUCCUGAGAGAUUUCAUGCCUUGGCUGGGAUACGUUUUCCAAGGUUAAUGAGAAAGAAGAGAUGAAUUGGGACUUAGAGGGCAGAUCCUCUGGACUAGACAGAACGAAUGGGAAGGGUUUGCUUUCAGA